AUGGAUACCUCAGAUAUUCGAAUGUAUGCGGAGGUUCUUCCAUUUCAUAGAUCGUCCACUGAAAUUAUCUCUGGGGAGCUGCCGCCGCCGCUGCCGCCGCCGCCGCUGCCGCUGCCGCUACAGCCGCCGCUGCAGCCGGAGCAUCCGGGAGCCGCCACUGCCGCCGCCGCUGCCGCCACUAGCGCUGCUUCCACCGCUGCUACCUCCCCUCCCAGGACCUCGAGACAUCCCGGGUGCGAGCGGCAGUGCUGCUUGCUUGCUCCCCCUCUCCCCCAGCCUUUCCCCUCCGUGACCUACCCACUCCUUGCAGCCCUCGCCCGCACCUUCUUCGACACCCCGGCACCCCUGCACCACCUGCUCGGGCAGCCCCGGCGGGCUCUGGGACUUGCUGUGCGCGCCGAGAGGAAGGCAAGCUCCAAACCCCUGCCUGGCAGACGGGCUGUCGCGGCUGCACCACCAGCAGGAGGAGGAGGAGAAGAAACUAUUUCGCCCACCGAUACCCCAUUCUGCGGGUGCUUUGCCGCUGUCGCUACUGCUGCCGCCAAUCCGAGUCCGCGGGUUCGAACACCUCAGCGGCGGGGACGGUAGGUCCCGUGGGCGCCGGGAGGAGGACAGCAGCGGAGCCCUGCACUCUCGUGCCCCGCUCACCAGCAUCUACUUGCCCCCUCGUUCCUUCCCCAGCCCUUGAGAGAAGGGACCAUGAUUUGGAAACGCAGCGCCGUUCUCCGCUUCUACAGUGUCUGCGGGCUCCUGCUACAAGGUAAUCCCCGCCCCGCCGCGGGGAACAUCAACUUCUCGCCCAUUCCCCAUCUUCCACAUUCCACCCCGUAUUUCCACUCUCCCCUCCCAGUCCCCCUGUCCCCAGCGAUUUCCACCCCCCUCCCCCUACUCUCUGGUGCGGCAGGGGGCAGUGGCAGUUUGCACCAGCCCCUUGAAUUUCUAACGCUGGCUCAGCCCUGCCUUCCCAGCAGUCGGCCCCUUACGCUGCACCUUUUGCCUUUUCAUUCACCUGAGCUUCCUUCAUCUCACUCCAUCCCCGCCAGCAUCCCCCUCCCACGCCUUUUGCCUGGCAACUUGUGCCUCUCUGAACAUUCCACCCUCCCGACAACCCCCACCAGCCACCUCCCACAUCACGCUCUUGACCGACCCUCUCCAUCUCUUGUCAUCUCUUUAACCUCCCCCUUUUCGGGUCGCCUUUUCUUUCCCCCCUCUUCCCACCAUCAUCAUAUCCGUGUGUCUUUAAAAAGUGUGUGAGAGCCUGGGAGCGAGCUACCAAGAAGGCGAGAACAGCAGCAGCGGCAGCACCGUGUGCAUUGCAAUAACAUCUCCGGGGGGGAAAUGUGUUGUGAGACGUGUCAUUCACCUAGGAAGAGAGAGGAGACUCUGUCUGGGAUUUAA